AUGAUGGGCCAUCACAUUUUGCCAUUCAUAGACUUUUACUGGUCUUUUGAUCCUGGAUUUAGAGUGAAUGAAAUUGCCGAUAAAGAAUCCUUCUUCCACUGUAGUUAUCUUAAGAUAUCUACAUCUUACAUCUUAAGAUACAUCUUAAGAUGUCUACAUCUUAACGACAAUACAAAACAGCCAAAAAAGGACAGCCCUGAUUACGAUAAGUUGUACAAAGUACGUCCAAUAUUACAUUUGUUUAACCAAGCCUGUCAAGAUAAUGCAGAGGAAUCUUGUUCGCAAAGCAUUGAUGAGUCCAUGAUUUUGUUCAAAGAGCGGUCAUUCCCAAAACAGUACAUGCCUCUCAAGCCCAUAAAGCGUGGGUACAAAGUCUGGUGUCGGUGUGACAGCCAGACAAGUUACCUUUACGAGUUUGAUAUUUACACAGGCAAAACUUCAAAUUCAGUGGAAGAAGGAUUAGGAGCAAAUGUAGUAAAAAAAACUGACCAAGAAACUAAUAGAGAAGGAAGUACAGAACGUGCAUAUAACAUUUGA